AUGUCUCACACGAAAGAGGACGAUACUCCGGCCCCGGCAGUCGAGCAAAUCGAAGGCAUAGGCCAUAGCAGCCAGACCCCCGAGGACCUAAAGGGACUCCCCUCCACCGCCGCUGCCCAUGGCCAAGGCCUAACUGGAUACGAGCACCUGGGUGCUUGGGCCAGCAUCAAAAAGUUUUCAGUGGCCUUUGCCAUUUGUUUCCUUGCUGCCAUCAGCGCCGCUGCCGAGGGGUACCAGAUCAGCCUGGUUGGGAGCAUCAUCUCCAAUACUGGAUUUGUAGAGGUGUUUGCAACCCAGAAAAAUGAGACCGGUCAGCCCGCCCUUGCUUCCCCUAUCCUAAGCACAUGGGGAUCCCUCCAAUCAGUCGGCCAGCUGGUCGGCCAACUGUCCAUUUCCUUCCUCUCAAACCGAUUUGGUAGGAAGGCUGCCAUGUACGCCCUUUGGCUGUUAUUGGCUCUGAGUGUUAUCGUUGAAGGGAUCUCUCGAAACUGGAAAGUCUGGCUGGUGGCGAAAAUCCUGGGAGGCCUUGGGGUUGGUUGUUUGCAGGCCACACUUCCACUUUAUAUCGGGGAGAUUGCGCCCAUUCGAAUCCGAGGAACCUGCAUAAUGUGCUAUAGUAUGUGGUGGGUGACUGGACAGUUUUUUGCUCCCGUCGCCCUCCAGUCACUUUCCAAGUCGAACCCCGGAAAUUGGUUAACGCCGGUGUAUACGCAAUGGGGGCACAUUGGGCUGAUGCUGGUUGUCUUCCUCGUGGUACCAGAAUCGCCAUCCUGGUACAUCCUGCGCGGAAAGGGAGAGUUGGCCAAGAAAAGCUUGCGUCUUAUCUACUGGCACGUUGACGGCGUUGAUAUCGACCACCAAUACAACCUCCUUUCUAUCAAUAUCAACCAUGAACGCGAGUUUCUGGGUCUUCAGGUCUUCUUUACCUAUGGAACAUACUUCUUUCAGCAGGCUGGUCUUGCGGAUCCAUUUAUGGCGACGUGUAUCACAAGUGGAGUGAACAUUGCAGCUAGUCUUCUUAUUAUUUACCUGGCAGAUUUAACCGGCCGUCGGUGGAUGGUGACUUGGGGAAGCACGCUAUGCUGGGUGUGCAAUAUCGGCGUUGGCAUACUUGGUCUUGUGCCACAGAGUGGCGCAUCAGAUAUCAUUCUAGUUAUCUUUGCUGUCUUCUGGAAUAUCGGUCUCAUCGCGAACAAUGCGGGCGGGUAUGCCUACCUGAGCGAGGUCUCGUCCCUACGACUUCGCACAUACACCGUCAGCUUUGCAAUUGGCAUUAUUGGCCCCGUGGGCAUUGUCAUGGGAGUCCUGGUGCCAUACAUGCUCAAUACCAAUCAGUGGAACUGGGGCCUGAAGACGACCUGGUUUUUCACAGGAAUCGGCGCGCCUUUUCUGCUUGCCUUGUGGUUCUUGUUGCCGGAAACCGCUGGGGGCGUUGGCGUUCUACUGCUGAGCUCGACGAACUUUUUGAGCGCAAGGUUAAGCCCUGGCGAUUCCACCGAACCUUAA